AGGCAAGACCUCGAACUGAUCACCUGAAUUUGCAGCGGCAAAAUUUAACAAAAGAAUGGUGUUGAAUCUGUAACUUCCCCACCGACUACUGAACUCUCCAUUUCAGUUUUCCCUCCCGAAAUCAAAACCCAGAAAGGAAUUUUCAGACCAUUCAAAUCCCGUACAACCGCUGCAAAUUGAGUGAUCAGAUUCCAUGUUAACGCCGCCGUUUUCGAGUCUCGGCGAAUCAUAACAGGGUCAGCGGCGGGUUAAUCAGCAGAUAGAUUCCUGAAAUGGGAGACAAAGAAGACCAGCUUGAUAUGACGCAAAAGGGUUUCAUACCCUAUUAUGGACAAUUGUUUGAUUCAGACGACAAAGCUUACAAAUUCUACAACAUGUAUGCAGCAACCAUUGGAUUUGGUGUUCGAAAAGAAUAUUGUAACAAAGAUAAAUUGGGAAUAGUAACUUCAAGGAAGUUUGCAUGUAAUAAAGAAGGAUUCCGGCGUCAGGAUAAAAGGGAUAGGGAAACAAAGAGACCUCGUGCAGAAACUAAGACAGGAUGUCUUGCUUGUGUCAUUAUACUACUUGACAGGGACACAAAAAAGUAUAAGGUGACACAAUUUGUGGCAGAGCACAAUCAUCCAUUGCAUAUUCCACAAUGCGUACACUUGAUCCCCUCACAGAGAAGGACAACAAUUACACAGGAUAAUUCUGAAUUGGUUGAUGCAUAUGGGUUAUCAUUGAAGCAGUCCAAUAACCUUGUAGAUAAGUUGGGGUAUCUUCCAAACAAGCGCUCUAGAGGCUUAAGGUUUGGGGAAGCUGGAACCAUUUUCAGAUAUUUUCAACAGCAACUUCUGGAAAACCCAUCAUUUUACUUUGCUGUACAAUUGGAUAGUGAGGAACAAUUAACUAAUGUCUUUUGGGCUGAUGCAAGGAUGACUAUAGACUACAAAUAUUUUGGAGAGGUGGUUACUUUUGAUACGACAUUUAGAAAAAACGAGGAAUAUCGUCCCUUGGGCAUUUUUCUGGGAUUUAAUCAUCACCGCCAGAUGGUAAUAUUUGGUGCUGCACUAUUAUAUGAUGACAGUGUUGACUCCUACAAAUGGUUGUUCCAAACCUUUCUAGAAGCCAUGUCUGGUAAGCCACCGAGAACAUUCUUCACGGAUCAAGAACCAGCCAUGGCAAAAGCUUCAGCUUCAGUGAUGCCAAACACCUUCCAUGGGUUGUGCACGCAUCAUAUUCGUCAAAAUUUCCUGAAACACCUUGGCCACAUGAUGAGGACUGAAACGGGUCUGGUACAAUUGUUUAGCAAGUGUAUGCUUGAAAUUGAAGAUGAAGUAGCAUUUGAGGAAACUUGGAGAGAGAUGCUUCAGAAACAUAACCUGGAUUCUAAUACAUGGCUUAAGAGUAUUUAUGAGCUGAGAGAAAAAUGGGCAAAGACAUACAUGAAGACAAAGCUCACAUUAGGCAUGCGAAGCAAGCAACUCAGCAAAAGCUUCAAUGCAGACCUCAAGCAUCAUUUAAAGACCGAUCAAGAUUUGGUGGAAUUCUUUACCGAGUUUCAUAGGGCUGUUGAGAAAAGAAGAUACAAAGAAUUGACUGCUGAAUAUGGGGCAAGGCAAAAGGUACCAAGUUUGAAGAUAAAGUACUCACCCAUGCUUAAUCAGGUUGCAGAGAUAUAUACUCCUACUAUAUUUGAGGAGUUCCAAGAUGAGUUUGACGUAUCUCUUGCCUUGGUAGUGAAGGGUCAUACAGUAAAUGAUAAUGUGCAUGAGUAUAUGUUGGCACGCUAUGAUGGAGGAGAUGAUCAGAGAGUCAUUUGUGAGAAAUCUACUCAAUCAGUCUUGUGUAGUUGUCAGAAGUAUGAAUGUGAAGGAAUUUUGUGCUCCCAUGCAAUCAAAGUACUAGAUUUACUUAACAUAAAGUUAGUGCCUAAUGAUUUAAUAGAAAAGAGAUGGACAAGAGAUGCAAAAAAAGGAAUUUUGAAAGGACCUAACCAGGAGAAUGAUAUGGAGGAGGAUGUCCAUUUGAAAGUUGUAGGGCGGUAUAGAAUGCUGUGUUCAACUUUAGUUAGGGUUGCUAUUAGGGCUGCAGAAUGUCAAGAAGCUACAGACUACCUUGUGCAAUGUGUGGAUAAGUUGACAAGAAAAGUUGAAGAAAUAUGUAAUAAGCAGAUGUCAAUUGAACAAGCUAGCACAAAUCACCAGUCAUCUUAUAAUGCAACAGACCAAGAAGAUGUUUUGGUAAUUUCCAUGGGUGUAAACCCAUCAGGCUCAAAAAGUGGACAGGGCUGCAAGUCCAAUAAACGGACAGGAAGCUGGACUGACAUGUUCGGUGAAAAGAGUAUGUAUGAGUCAAAUAACAACCAAGUUCAGAUUGCUGAUCAAAGCCAAGAAGUUUCAGUUGACCAUGUGUCUUCUCCUCAAUCAGCUAAUAACUCUGUUUCAGCUAGGUCUUGCUCCCAAUCUACUGGUGACCUUUUGCAUUUACAUCAAGCUACUUCGUAUCCGUCCCAGGUAAACACUGAUCAUUGAGCAAUUAAAUUGGCAGUUUACCACUCUCUCAAAUUACGCCUGCUCUAUAAUGCAAAAAAUUGCUUCUAAAUGUCUGAGAAUGGUAGGUUGGUGCUGAAAAACUGGAGGCACUUUUGCCCAUACUAAUACUUUUUGAAUGAUUCAGGAUAGCAAUAGCAAUUCCCUAAUUGGUCAAUCUUCUGUGGAAGUGGUCCAACGUGCGAACAAUGUAUGUUUGUUUAUAUAAUAAGGAUUUGUAUUUUUGGAGACACUAUAUGGCACCAAAUUUUGUGAUGAUAUCUGUGACAUUGUUAACGGGUCUGUUUUGUGCCACAUAAGGGUGCUGUAUUGGAAAAUAGGAACUUCUUAAUGAACUUCAAUGGGCUUGGUACUGCAAUGUCUCCCACUGGAACUCAGUUUCUGAUGGUAAAGCAAUCCAUAUUCUAUUAUCACCAUACGUAUCUGCAGAGUUUGUACUUGUGUGAUUAAUUUUUAAUUCCUUUUAUAUUGGGGUGCUUUUGCUGGUGCACAGCCACAUUGGGCUGCUAAUCAGAGCUGAGAAAUCAACUAUCAGUUGUCAUCAACAUACCUGCUUGUGAGGGGUUUGCAAGAUAAUCUAUUUUAUGUAAAGUUCCUAGGUUAUAUGAUGUAUUUUUGUGGCUAAUGCAAAUUGUAAUGGAGUACUAAGCUCUUCUUUAUGGAAUAUAAUAUCUUUUUGAAGCUUUUGACUUUGUUGGCUGGUGUUUGUUUUACAAGGUUUAGAACUGUAUUGAUAUAUGAUAAUGUCUACCUCAGGACAAAAUAUUUGUUGAGGCGAUUAGGUGUUGUAGUUGUAACAAGAAAGUACAAGGGUAUAAAUGAAAAAUGUCAAUUGAGCAUAUGAUCGGAAGUAACUUGUUACACACCUAAGCUGAUUACUAGAUUUGAUUGAUCUUCCUUCCUUACCAUAUGAUUACCCUACUAGUAGUGUUACUUUUGUGCAAUUACCCAAAUACAGAUUUUCCUUUCUUUGUUCUCGUGCUAUUUCACAGUGAAUAAAUUGGUAAAGAAUAUCUCAGCAAAUGAGUACAGCUGUCAUUUGGACUGUAAAAAAAGUCUAUUUUGUUGCAAUUCCACUGACUAUGAUUGCUUCCUGUCAGUCAUUUACGCUUCAUUUGCUGUCUCACAUGCUGCUGCAUUUUAACCCUUGGGUUAAAGUGAUUAAGCCUAACCACUCUGGCAAUAAAAUACACGUAGUAGACUCUGUACAGUUUCAUAUAAGAUAUAAAUGUAUGCCAUGCCGAUAACUUGAUGUAACAUGCAGCACUCCUUUUGAUAUUUUCUGCUCGUUUCCUGUAUCUUAAGAGGGGUCUUUUUACGUAUAAAUAGUUCUUAGGGAUUCCUAUUGGCUGCAUGAUUCCACGUGUUAUCAAUUUCUUUUACCUGGGCUUUUGGAGUAAUAAUUGAUUUCUGAUUUUGAAGUUAAGUCUCACAAGAUGAUAUGAGAAUUUCACAGCCAAAUCCGCUAAAAAUGAUUUCUCAAAUAGAGCUGUUCUUGAUACCCCCUUAACUUUUGGUGGUAAAGCCCUAGAACAUGUCUCAUUUCAUCAUCAGCAACGUUGAAGAAGGCAGCAACUCCUUGUCUUUUCUGAACAUCAAUCACUAGUAAGUUUAAGUUUUUGAGUUUAUAACUGUUUAUUGACCACUUGAUUUUCAAAGGGAAUGCUAAUGUUUAAUUGUAUUUUUUCAGUUUAUGAAUUUUGUUCAGAAUGUUGUUAUUGUUAAAACUAUUCUUUUGUAUGGUGAAGUUGCUUCAUUGAACUUAAUUUUGUAUAGAUUUGGUGAAAAUGUAUGAACUUAUUCUACACACAGGAUUUCCUGGAGAAUUGAAUGUAAUAAUAUUUACGUGAUCAUAAGGUUUCUGACCUUUUUUGUUCUUUCUUGGUCUUCUGCUACUGUUUUAUCUUGGAGAGGUGAAGUAGAGUUGCUUGUGGGAUUCUCUUAGAUAAGCUUGGUGUGACGAUAGAGUUGGAUCCAACAAUUUUCAUGCCAUUUGUGAUGGACAAUGUGAUUACUGAUAAGUCCCAUUCUUUUUUGCCCAAGCUAGCUUCUUGCCCUUUUGUUCAUUAAUGCUGACAUUUGGAAGAGCUCCUCAAAAGGGGAGUUAGCAUUAUUGCUCAACAUGAGAAACUUGUUUGUGUGCAUUGUCUUUGUGGUCAGUUCAGUACUCUUGUAACUUUCUACAUUUUUGACAGAAUUGUUUGAAGCUCAUUGUUGAAUAGCUAAACUAUAGUUAGAAAGUUUAUUUGACUUGAAUGUACAAAAUUUGAACUUAAUUCUUGAAACUCUUGUUAUGGAUUAAAGGCAAUACAGAGCUAUACACCCCGAGUGCUGAAAAUCCACAAUUUGAGAAGUUUCGCAUGUUGUGAUUUUCGCUGAAUUUUCCCAUAAAUUUAUUUUAUUUUAUUUUAAGAAUCAAAAUAUUGCCUCAUUCUUCUGCUGGAAAAUUUGUGAAAUAUGUAGAAAGGAUAGACCUUGCGAAUCUUUUGCAAAGAUGAGGUGAUAAUUGUUUUUCCCACCUGAUUGUACUGUUAGGAAGGAAAGGUUUAUUCUAACGUGGUUUAUUGUUGAGUUUGUAACUUUUCGAUCUUUAGCUUUGUCCUGGGCAUGUUUUUUCACGCUCAGUUGUUGGGAACAACUUCAUAUUAAUUCAGAUGCCUAUUCUAAUGCUCUCAUUGUUGCUACUCUUGUUUCACUUACCUUCGUACUAGGUAUCUCCAAGUGGGUUCUUGGAGCAGCAUUCUCUCUUUUCUUCUACAAGGUUUUCCUUGAUGUUCAUGCUUGAGUUUGAGUAUGGUCUAAUAUUUCCAUGUGCUGAUGACUAACUUUUUCAUGAAUUUGUUGCCCUAUAUUCAUCCAUAAAUGAGGAGCAAAGAGCUUGUGAAUCCUUAAAUCUUGGACAAAGAAAUGCCACCUGCUGUUUUUGGGAAGAAUCUUUCAAGUUUUGCUGGCACUGUUCUUGUGAGGUAAAGAUUGUUGGGAGUUUGCUGACAUGUAAAGAAUAUGAGAUACAUUUGCUUUUGACACCUUAGAUUUUGGCUUCGUCUUGAUGUCUCCAAUAUUUAGAACGAAAACGUAUAACAACAUUUGUGGUAAAUUGGAGACUUUUCGCUGGCUAUAUCCUUUUGGAUUUGGUGUAAUUAGUUUUCUUCUGAGUUGCACAUUCAAUUCCCC